CGAAUUUGGAAAGCUCAUUGUUAACUGGUGACGAGCGAUGAGUCUCUCGUGUUUGGAGUCACUGUCGAGGCUGCUGUUAUUGGCGACGUUGCUCCGCGCCUCCGUCUCGGCCCAAGAUGUGAAAGACAUCGAGCAGCUACGGUUGAUGGGGAGCGAGAACCCUUAUGAGGGGAAUGUACAGGUGGAGUCUGGCGGUGUCUGGGGGUAUGUGUGUGACGACGGCUUCAGCUUUCCUGAGGCAGACGUCGUAUGUAAGCAUCUCGGAUUCGAAGGCGCUCUCUCCUUCACCAGGAAUGACCAAUUCGGAAACAACUCUGCAGGAGAGAGGCGUCGAGGAGAACAGACGAAGUUCUGGCUGGACGGCUUGAGAUGCGGGAACGUCUCCGACCUCAGGAACUGCAGCUCAAAGCCCCUGGGAAUCCACGACUGUGUGUCUAGCGAGAUCGCGGGCGUGGUGUGCCGCCGUGUGACCAAUGGCGCCAGUGAAACCAAUGACACCUUAUUGUGCUCCGCCGACGAAUUCCGCUGCGAGGACGACAGCUACUGCAUCCCGCGCUCCUACGUGUGUGACGACGACCCCGAUUGCCUCGACGCCAGCGAUGACAGAUCGGAGCUGUGUGAGGACGUGGGCGUGGUGAGGCUGGUGGACGGCAACAAGUCCCUCAACGUGUCCGGGAUGGCGGCGGGGACCGUCUUGGUGAAGCGGCGCGGCGUCUGGGGCACCGUCUGCGACGACGGCCUCACGGUCUCCGACGCCAAGGUGCUGUGCCGCAGCCUGGGCUACACCGGCGGCUGGGCGGUACCGUUCUACGUGAACUAUCUUGGCGAGAACCCCGCCCCCAUAGUGCUAUCCACGCCGGGAUGCGUGGGCGAUGAGCAGUGGGUGGGCGCGUGCCCUGGGGUCGUCUGGAACGCGGGCAUCUGUAGGACGCAGAAGUUCGAUCUAAGCAUCCUCUGCUCCGAGGGC